AUGCUUGUCUCUGAUAUGCCUGAUCUUCCCGAGUUCCUAAUUUCUGGGUCGGAUAUGGAAAGGUCAUGGCUUCGGAUUGGGUACUCCAUCCCGAGAGCAACCGAUGGGUUCGGUCUAUCCACGACCAUUCUGGGAGGCAUCACUGGCUACAUAAAGAAUGAUUGCAAAGGGGAGUUUCUUUAUGAAUGGGACUACACAAGUGCUGCGCUCACUCCUGCAAUAGCAAGUCAAACUUCAAGCCUCGCGUCGCGCCAACGAAGCACCUCCGUCCGAAUCAGCGUUUCCCAAUCCCGAAGAUGCAUAUGGGCAUCAGACCCCAUUUGUUCAGGUCGCCAUGCAAGUCGCCUAGAUCAUGUACAGCGGCAGGACCCGCUCGAUUACAGCCAAACAUAUACCAAUCGAAUAGAUCUCAAUUACCGAUCUUCACCCACCACAUACCAGCAGCUCCCCAAUCAUCGUGCGGAUGGUGGCAUAUACCUAAUUGCGAGAGCAGUAACAAAUGACAAGGCAAGCAGUCCGGCUGAAUGGACCCCAGGGCUGCAGUACGAGGUAUCCAGAGAAACAGCCGGUCGCAGAACAGGGCGUCCAGGCAUAUCCAACCGUAGCGAAGCCACCACCUCAUCAAAAAGUGAUGCAUCAAUUCCGCGAGUCCACGUUGAGGAUCUGCAGGGAUUAAAUCUCGGGGGUCAUCCAGCUUCGGAUAUGGUGCUGCCAUAUGGGGUCAGCAGUCACAGUCACCACAACGACCCCAUUUUUGGGAAUGCCCAAUGA